AUGAAAGUCAUUGCAAACAAAUGCAUUUCUGAAAUACACAUCCCAGAAGGGAUAAGAAAGGGAAAUGGGAUUGAGUACAACCCGGUUUUGGAUUUGUAUGUAACUAUGAACCUCGAAGAUGGAAUUUCUGUUUGGAAUCCUCUCAGUGGAAAAGUGGUGGCUGAGUGUGACCUCGGUUUUGACGGUUUUCUCGACAUGUUGUUGCUGCCAGGUAAUCGAAUCGGAGUAAGCUAUUCAGAAUUACAUCACUGUGGAUCAGUGUCCAUUUAUUCCCUUGAGAAAGACACAUUUGUUAAACCUGAACUCGACGUAGAAAUUCCUUCCCUGUCUUACACUGGGGUGGUUUAUUUGUCGCCGCAGAAAUCACUUCUUGUAGCUGGUGCUCCUGAGGUAGAUUGUGGUCUCUUUGAAGUCUGCAUAGACUGGGACAACUUAAAAGUUCUCAAAAUUAGAGAACUUCAUAUUCCUUCUGGAUAUGACUUUGUUUCGUUGUUCUGUUCUUCUGAUUUCGUUUUUGUGAGUUUAGUUGCUGAAGAAAAUGACUUUUGUGGCCUGAAUUUGAGACUUUUUAACUGUAAGCUGAAUUCUGAGCAAGCAAUCCCGGAAGCAAUCCAAGGGAGCGAAGAGCCAGACGAAGACAAAAACGUUUUAGAGAAAAUUGAAUCCCAAGAAGAAGUGACUAUAAGUUAUUAUAUUCUUGAUGGAGAAGAAGUUAAGAUAGAUAGUUGUUACGGAUUUGUCCAUGAUGGAGAAAAUUUGAUCAUUGUAAAUGGAGGGAAAAUCGUUUUACUAGAGUCUUUAAAAGAGGGCAGCAAUGCACAUCUUGUCGCAUCAGAAUGUUUUUGGUGCGGGUUCAUUGAAGGAAUGAAUCUGAACCAUAAAGGACAAUUGAUAGUGCAGGGAUCACACACUAUUAAGCUGUUUGAAUAUAAGUGUAGUCCAAGGUUGCUUCAAGAUCUCUGUAGAUGCUGUAUCUUGGAAACAAUUCCUACUUGUUGUAGUGAGAAAGUAAACCAGUUACCGAUACCUUCCAAUUUGAAAGAUUAUUUACUGUACAAGUAA